ACAACAACAACAACAACAACAACAACAACAACAACAACAACAACAACAACAACAACAACAACAGCAGCAGCAGCAGCAACGGCCUCCACCCAUCGUUCACCCUGCUCUCACCCCCGCCCAACUCCAGCAUCAGCAGCAGCAACAACCACAACAACAACAACAACAACAACCACAACAACCACAACAACAACAACAACAACCACAACAACAACCACAACAGCAAGGAUACCUACCCACCCCAGCCUUUCCUCAGCAGCUGGCAGGGGGCGGCACGCUGACGCAAUACGUCCAGCCCCACUCUGCCUUGCCUGCAGGCACCGAUCCGCGCCUCUUCGCCUACAUGAUGGCCGCCGGCAUGCCUGCACCGGGACAAAUGCCGUACAUGGCAACACCAGCAUCCUUGCACGGAAACCCAAUGCUUCCUGGCCCAGCCAACCCAUACUUUCCAUCCUCCCUGCACACCUGGCAAGCGCAGCGGCAAUCCCUUCAGCCCGAGCAGCUCCAACAAUACCAACAGCACCCUGCCCAGGUACAGUUACCAGGAACCCAGACAACACCAGCUACCACAGCAACACCAACAACAACAACAACUCUGCCAGCCGCAUCACAGCAACAGGCCCGCAACCACUCCCUGCGGCUCACGCAACAGCGCCAGCACGAUCAACAACAACACCGCUUCCUCUACGGGGGCGCCAUGCAGCCCAGCGCAUACGUGGCAGGUGCACCGAACCAGCUCGGCAUGCCUGCACCGACCCAUCCGCUCUACGCCCUCCAGCAACAGCAACAGCACCUCCAACAACAACAACAACAAGCAUAUCCCUUCCAUCAGCAGCAGCACCCGCAGCACCCCGCAUACGCUGCUCCCCACGCAGGGCCCACCUCACCAACAGGCUCUGGCUUCACCAUGGCGUCCAGCGCAAGCGUACAGGAGCGCUCUGCUGCCGUCGCUGCUCAAGCUGCAGUUGCCGCCUCUGCGGGCCGCCGCGUCAGCCAGGAGGAGCUCAGGGCGCUCUGGCGCGUCGACUUUCGUGAUGGCGAGCGCUGGUUCGUCUGCAACGUCUGCGAGCGUGCCUUCCGAUGGUCGUCCAACCUCAAACGCCACCUCCGCGUCCACACAGGUGAACGCCCUUACAGCUGCCGCUACUGCGCCGCCGCUUUCACCAACAGUUCAAACCGAAACAAGCACGAGCGCAUGCAUUCGCGCGACGAACAACACGCGAGCGAGCACGCAGUGGGCACGGCACUAGGUCGCUCCAGUCGUUCCCAGUCGUCGUCAUCCGGUCCACGCACUGUAGCAACGGCACCAGCACAGCCGGCAGUAGGCUUUUCGGCGCAGUCUGGCACAGCUCCCCCGCCCAAGAAGAGCAAGCGCGCGCAGGCAUCACCAGUUUCACCGUCGAUACCGCUGCCGGCACAGCCGCACUCGCAGCGCGCCCCUACGCAAGAGGCGACGCGUAUUGCAGGAUCUGUGGGUGCGGAUGCUCAUCCUCACUCUCCCACCCACCACGCACGAAGUUCGGGACAGGGCAAGUCAACCGCACGAGCCCGCGGCAAGCGUGAGGAUGACGACGACGAUGACAGUGAUGAUGAGGAUGGGGAUGGCAGCAGCAGUGACAGCGACAGCAGCAGCGACGGCAGUGCAAGUGCCGAGCACAACCACCGUGACAGCCAUGACGUUACGGGCCCACGCGGCCAAGAUGGAAUGCCAUCCUCUUCUCGUGCAAGGGAAGGCCGCUCCACCCGGCACUCUGCAUCGUCAUCAUCGUCAUCAUCGUCAUCAUCCAAGUCCAAUUCAUCUUCCUCUUCAUCUGCCGCCUCAUCACUGCCGUCUCCGCCAUCAAGGACAUCCUCUUCGGUUGCUUCGUCUUCUGGCCGUGCGGCUGCACCAGCGACAGCAGCAAAGACAACACCUGCGGCAACGACAACGACAACAACUGCGCCAACUAAACAGCCACCCACAGCACCUGCCUCCACGGCCUCCACCAGGGCCGGGCCGUUGCAAGCCGCAACAGCAGCAGCACAAGUUGCCGCUGAAGCCAGCGGGGAGCACAAGCUUGCGCGGUCCACUGCGGCCCCUGCUGCCUCUGCUGGGCACAAACGAAAGCCGGCUCCACUCUCCACCUCCUCCAUUGGCUCCGAGGAUCUGCCUCUAAACGCGGGUGCAACGGCAAUGGACGGCGCUGUUGCCAAGCCGCACUCACCUGCCCCGACACGGCCGGAAGCGUUGGCAUCGGGGGACACGCCAGCCGUUGCAUCAGCAAAAGGGACCAUUCUUGAUGUUGCAAGUACGGGAUCGACGACAGAUGCAACGACGACGACGACGACGGCCAAAACAACAGCCACUGCAGUUGAUACAACAACAACAGCGACAACAGCAACAACAGCGACAUCAACCACGACCACAACCACGACCACAACCACGACCACAACCACCCCAACCACAGCCGCUGCAGUGACCACCGGUUCGGGCGUAGUUGCGAAUCCAGACGAGUUGGCAAACAUGCUGCAACAAGAAAAAGUUGAAGUGUUGUCCUCGAAGAACGGUGUUGACUCGUCCGACAACAGCGGGACUCGCACCACCAAAUCCAGCCUAUCGGUUCCAGCAACCCCCUCCACCCCAAGCUAAUCCACUCAUGGCUUUGUUCCAUGUUACAUACGCCAUGUUCUUCAUGUUACAUAUACGCCUGUCCACUGUGGAUGACACAGUGUCAUGUUGCCAUUUUUGUGUCGAUUGCGCCACCGUGCUCUCUCCAUAGGCGUGUGUCAGCGUCGCUCUUCCUGAACCGCGCUGUCUACUCUUUGUUCUGUGGCAGCGGCAGCAGCGUGCAUGAGGUGCAUGUUCGCUGUGUAUUGCACGCAAUUUACACAUGCACCGUUGUCACACCACAUGCUUGUGCUUGUCUUCUUUGCUUUUGAACCAUCCUUGUUUUGAUGGUUGCAGUUUGUCUCAUGUCAUUUGCGCGUUUAAAUGCAUUUAGCACAAAUAACAUUGCAUCAAUGCUGCAAUCUUGUUUGCCUCCUGACUUUUUUGAGCUUGUGCUGGUAUCGAUUGUGUUGUGGUGGUAUUGUGUUGUGAUGUGACUCCACUCUUUUAAACGGUUCGGGAAUGCGUGACUCUCUUCACACAUGUUGUGCGGCCCCACCAACACGUCGUGACAACGUAGCAAUGAAAGCA